AUGUACGGCAAUCCCGAAGGCGAACAAUUCCCUCCGGCAGUGAAUCCGGUCAUCGAUAGCACCACUUCCAUCGCUCAGGAGACUUUUACCAGUACGACGAGCUCUACCUCUGUUCCCCAGACUUCCACAACUGCACCGGCGGCAACGUUACAGACCUCGAUAGCGGCAGCACCGCCUGCAGUGGUAUCGAGUGUAGUGACCGCUGCCUCCCCUACCCUUUCCCCUUCCCCGCCCCCUUCCUCUCUCACUACAUCUAUACCUGUAGCUGUGUUCCCUCCCACGCCUGAGAGUGAGCUUCAGAGCCAAAGCAUACAGACUGAUAACGCUCUAGCGUCUACAACGUCAUCCAUUAGGACUCAGACGACAGACGCUUUGGAUACAGCGAGCGCUGGAAACGCUGCCUUAGUGACCACUAUAGGAACUGGGGCAACUUCCACCCUGAGAGACGGUGGAACAACAGACUCCUCGACAUCUGAAAAUGCUCCAUUCUCAACAAGCGGCAGUGGCAUCAGCACACAGACGACGGUGGCAGUGGCAGGGGGUGUAAUCGGAGGCCUAGUAGCGUUGUCACUCAUCGCUUUCGCAAUAUGGUUCUGGCGCAAGCGUGUUGUGAAGAAGCGGAGGAGUACGAUGUUGACGCCUCUCGGGCCCGAGUCAGGAUUUGGCAACAUGCGCGAGAAGGCACCUUAUACAAUAAGCCGGACAUCCAUUGGGCCAACCACAUUAUCCGAGAAACUGAGGGUGACUGUGGGGUCUAACAUGAAGAAGAUACGGGGGAGAUUCGGCAGUCUUGUGGGGCAUAGCCCAGCGCCGAGCGUUAACAUGAACAGAGGCAAUUCGCAAUUCCUCGACAAUACAAUCCACAGCCGCCAUAGCUCCUCAGACCUGGGCCGCGAUGGCUCGUCUGCCAAGGACCGCCUUCUUGGCUUCUUUGGACGUUCCAACGACAGAGGGCGCGGCGAGUCUAGUCGAAAUGAUCUCUUUGAAAGAAGCCGGAACAUGAAGGAGACCAAGGCUACUCUUGGGUCCCAGCCGGACUUCUUGACCCUGCUCAGCAUGGACGACAAGCAGCUGGCAGCUCAAGCGAAUAAGGGGCGCAGCAGCGUCAACAACCCGCGACGGUCGCAGAGCGCUGGUUCGAAUGAGCAUUUCCUUGGCUCUCUGGGUCUCAACUUUGAAUCACCGAAUCCGUUCUCAGAUGCCAACGCUAUGAGCCACGACUCUGCCAAAGUGGCCCCGCUGACGGUCACGAACCCCGACAACCCCUUCUCGGAUCAAAAUGCUAUCCAGCAGCCAACUGCCAGCAAGCAACCCGGCCCAGCGACGUACGUGCAAAAUAUUCGUCGCUCGCGAGGCCAGUCAGUAGGCGGCGUUGCCACGCGGCCGCCCAGCAACGCUCCCAGCAUGUACCGACAAUCCGGGGCCUCCGUCGAGUCCUUUGAGACGCGACGGAACAAGUUCCGGUCCGACCCUUUCGACCUUGACAGGCCGGAGCUGUUGUCAGUCGGGAGCGGCAGCAGAGCUAGCAGCACCAGAGGCAGCGGGGUACCACUCCCACCUCACCCGGCACACACGCGCAACGAGAGCUUCACGAGCAAGUACUCGAGCGGCGUCAGUCUGGACCAGUGGAGUGAUCCGGGGCCAGACGUUGGGCCCGGGAGUACACGGUGGGAAAGCCCCACGCCAACGGGCGAGAGGCCACCAGACGGCCGGAGGAGAAGCGGUGCCAGCCAGGGGAGCAACGGAACCGUAGGAAAAGCAUACUGA